GCCGCGGCGCCGACCCUAGAGCUCUCCCAACGGCCGCCGCCCCAGUCCACUGUCGGAGCCCCAAAGCCACACCAUGUUCCUCCUAAUGCUGCUGCUUGUUGGGCUCCGCGGCUUGCUGGCAUCAGGACCUGGUUCUCAAAAUCCAUUUUUACAAAUUAUAGUUCCAGAGAAAAUCCAAGAAAAUACAAGUGAUAAUUUGGAACUAGAAAAUGAAUGGAUAUCAUAUAUUAUUACAAUAGACCAGAAGCUAUACACUAUACAUCUUAAGCAAAGGAUGUUUUUAGCACAUAAUUUUAUGGUUUAUGUGUAUAAUCAAGGAUUUAUGAAUUCAUAUCCUUCAGAUGUUCAGGCUCAGUGCUAUUACCAGGGGUAUGUUGAAGGAUAUCCCAAUUCUGUUGUUACACUCAGCACGUGCACUGGAUUGAGAGGAAUACUGCAGUUUGAAAAUGUUUCUUAUGGAAUUGAGCCUCUGGAAUCUGUAGUUGAAUUUCAGCAUCUUAUUUAUAAAUUAAGGGAUGGAAACAAUGAAUUUGCAGCUCUUACCAAAGAUAACCAAGGCAUAGAACAAAACCCAGUGGACUAUAACAUUAUUAUAAGUGAAAAAUCACAAUCAACUGUUCCGGAUUUAAUCCCUCUUUAUCUAGAGAUGCAUAUUGUGGUGGAUAAAGCUUUGUAUGAUUACUUGGGCUCUGAAAGCAUGAUAGUAACAAAUAAAAUCAUCGAAAUUAUUGGCCUUGUAAAUGCAAUGUUUGCCCAAUUUAAAGUUACUAUUGUGCUGUCAUCGUUGGAGUUAUGGUCAGAUAACAAUAAGAUUUCUACAGUUGGUGAGGCAGAUGAAGUAUUGCAUAGAUUUUUAGAAUGGAAAAAGUCCUAUCUUUCUCUAAGACCUCAUGAUAUUGCAUAUCUAUUCAUCUAUAGAAAUUAUCCAGAUUAUGUGGGGGCAGCAGUUCCUGGAAAGAUGUGUGUUACCCAUUUUUCAGCUGGAAUUGCUAUGUACCCCAAGGAGGUAACUCUGGAGGCAUUUUCCAUUAUUGUUACACAGAUGCUCGGACUGAGUCUGGGAAUAUCAUAUGAUGACACAAAGAAUUGUCAUUGUACAGGAGCUAUCUGUAUAAUGAAUCCAGAAGCUAUGCGAUCAAGUGGUGUCAAGACUUUUAGCAGUUGCAGUUUGAGUGACUUUGAAAAUUUCAUUUCAAAUAUGGGUGCCAAAUGUCUUCAGAAUAAACCCCAAAUGCAAACAGCUCUGAGAGCAAUCUGUGGCAACGGCAAAGUGGAGAGAGGUGAAGUGUGUGACUGUGGUACUGAGGAACAAUGUGGAAAGUCUAGCUGUUGUAAUUUUCGAACUUGUACACUGAAAUCAGGAGCACGGUGUGGUCAUGGAUUAUGCUGCAAGAACUGUCAAAUUGAAAGACAAGGUGUUGAAUGUAGGAAAGCAAGACAUCAUGAAUGUGAUAUUGCUGAGUUUUGUAAUGGAAGCUCACCAGAAUGUCAACCUGAUAUGACUAUACACAAUGGACAUGUAUGUAAACAAAAAUAUGUGUGUUAUGAUGGAGUCUGCCAGGAUACAGAUGCACGGUGUGAGGUCACAUUUGGAAAAGGUUCAAAAAAUGCACCAUUUGCCUGCUAUGAAGAAAUACAGUCUCACGCUGAUAGGUUUGGGAACUGUGGUAAAAUAAGAGGCAAAUUUCAAUCCUGUUCAUGGAGGAAUCUUCAAUGUGGGAGACUAAUUUGUACUUACCCUACACGAAUUCCUUUUCGCAAAGAAAAUGGCGCUGUGAUUUAUGCUUUUGUACGAAAUAAUUUAUGUAUAACCAUAGACUACAGAUUGCCUAAUGCAAAUCAAGAUCCAAUGAAAGUCUCCAAUGGUUCUCAUUGUGAUGAAGGGAGGAUCUGUGUAAAUGGUGAAUGUGUAGAAUCAAGAAUAAUUAAGUCUGAAUCAUCUGUCUGUUCAAAAAAGUGCAACGGACAUGGAGUGUGCACUUCCAAUAAAACGUGCCAUUGUUUUGAAGGCUACCGGCCUCCAUUUUGUGAAACGCGUGGCAGAGAAGCUUCUAGUUUGCCUGAGAAACAGGGUUUAAUCAUGGAAAGAGCUUUUAGGAAGGCUGAAAAGAACCGGUGGCUUCUAGGUUUCUACAUUGCUUUGCCUAUUCUCAUCAUAGCAACCAUAAUAGCUAUUGUUUCAUGGAAGAGUUCAAAAAAGUGGUUCACCAAGGAAGAGGAAUCCUUGAGUAGCGAGUUAGAAGGCAGCACUCACACAUAUGCUAGCAGAUCCAGUUCAGAAAGUAGUGCUCAAACAUAUACCAGCAGAUCCAAAUCACAGGAGAGCACCCAAACACAUAAUAGUAGUAACUAAUAAUUCCUUCAGAAGGCAAUGGAUAUCAGAGAGUAUCUCACUGAGAAAUGAAAAUUUCACCUUUGCUCCCUUGGUCACAGUUGAAGGAAACAAUAAACCGAGU